GCAUGCUUUUCCGGAAGACCCUUUUUUCUGCCUUGGAUGGCGUCUUCGCCACUUCAAUAACAGUUCCUCGCUCACAGGUCAACAUCUGCGUUGACGCCAUAAAACCGUUAACGUUAUAGAAGGGCUCCUGUAACACUUCUAUCUCAGGAGAUUAUUCAUUGUUCUUUUGCUGAUCUGUGGUUGGGUUGGUCUCUUUCAUCCACAUUUUCCUGCCUUUGCGCGAAAUCGCACCGCCUUGUUUUUCUUUUUAUAAUUUCACUUUGCUUUCUCAGCUUCGUCGUUGGAAACACUAGGAGCACUUUUCAACAUGGAAGUGGGCAAGCUAGUGACGUCCGAAACGUGCGGAAACAUUUUCUACUUCGUCGUUGAUGAGACCCACCCAGACGAACCUCGGUCGGAUGCAUCCAAAUGCCACUACGUCGUGGCACCGUCCACCAACGCCUUCUCCUACCGUGAGGCCUUCUAUGUGUUGUGCCGAGCGCUUUGCGGGCUUGAGAACCGCACCUACCUGCAUCGCUGGCACUCCCUGCAUCAACAAAUAUUCGGCUCCACGACCUACGUGCAGUUUGUGAACGCUGUCCGAGAAAGUCCACUGGCGCAGCCCAACACCUUCAGUCCCACCGGCCCUUCUUCCUCGCCAACCGACGCUCAUUCACGACCGUCCGUGGCGCUGCCGGCGCUAUUUUUGGACGAAACGACGGCCCGGCUGGCACUUCGCACGGCGGAGAGAGGGCAUCAGGCGGUGUCAGAGGUGAGCGCGCCAGCACAAGCGCCGCAGCGUCACAGUGCACUCCAGGGCUUCUCCACGCCGAUAAGCAAGCCACAGCCCACGACCCCCGGCAACACAGUUGCAGUGGAAAUGGAGAAUGGUUCGGCAAAUCCGCGAAAGGAAGCAGAGGUACCUCACAACACUGAAGUUGAGUGUUGUGAAAAGGAAAGUGGCAAAAAGGUCGGUCGAGAUCAAGGGCUGGAUGCGCGGUGGAGCGCGGCCUCGCAAUGGCAGGCAACUGCCGCUGCCUCUCAUGGAGGUGAUCGUCGCUCGGUGUCGUCGUUGAAGCAAGGCGUUCAUCAAGAACGCGUGCAGCGAUGCGAGACGGAGGAAGCGGCUUUGCACCCAACGGACGCGGUACGAGAAGCGGGUGCGCACGCUAAAAAGCAACCGCAGCCAGUGCAGCCGUGGAGGCUUGCAGACGCUGCGGAGAGCGGUAAGGAACGCAACGCACCUGCCGUGGAAGAAAUGAAAACGGUGACACAGCUGAAGCGGCGAAUCCAAGAGCUGGAAAUGGAGCUGGCGGAGAGAGAACAGCGCCACGCUCUCGAACGUGAUAGCUUCCUUGCAGAAAAGGACGCCCUAAAGCAGCAGCUGUGGCAGCAAAGCCAAGCGCAGGGAACACAAAUCAACGAAUUCCUCCAAGAGAACGCCGGGGCGGUGCGGAGAGUGGAGGAAGCGCUGGAGAAGCGCGAAAAAGAACUGUGCGCCGUCUACACGCAAGCUCUGGAGGAACGCGACGUUCGUAUUGCCCAACUCUCUCAAGAAAUCCUUCAGCACCUGCAGAGUUCGCGACAGCUGGUGACAUCUCGCAGCGAUCAGGAGCGCUUCGACGCGGAGAGAGUGGCACACUUGGAAGACAUGACAUCCCAGCUGAAAGAGUGGAACGGCUCCCUGCGUGAUCAGCUGAGGGAGGCCUCCGACGAGAUUCGAGAUCUGCGACAGCGUUUGCAGCCCUCAACGCGACGGCUCAGGGACGGUGUCGUGGAAGAUCCACCGCUGAAGUCCGCGUUCGCGCACAACUCAUUUCCAUCGAAGCCGUCGGCGUUGCUGUUCUGUGGCGCCUGCGCCGGGCUUCCCCGCGCAGCGGCCGUUCAAUUAGCGCAUCACCUCCGCGAAACGGAGGAGCAGCUGGGGCGGGAACGGGCGGACGCGGAAAGGAGAGCAGGGCAGCUGCGCCGUGCCGCCCACGUGAUUGAGCAGCUGACGCGCGGUGUUCAAGAAGCAAAAACGGGCGUGAGUGCAUUUCCAUCUCCGUAG